ACCUACCACUGGGUCCUGUAAAGCCAUGCUGUGCAUCAGCACCACACUCUUCCUGGCAGCAACCUGCCUGCUUGCAAGUGCAGAUUUCCCCACAGAGACAGCUACCACCUGUGAGGGCUACAACAUCCAUCGGCUGAGCUGUGGUUUCGGAGUGAUCAGUGUUCAGACGGCGCUGUACGGACGUAAAGACAGGGUGAUCUGCAGUGAGGGAAUGUCUACAUACAAGACUGAAAACAUAUACUGCUCUCUGGACGGCGUGUUGGGCAUCAUCAAGAAAAGGUGUGAUGGAAAAAAGUUGUGUGAAAUCAACUCAAAUGUCUUCACACCUGACCCCUGCAGGGGCACCUAUAAAUACCUGCGGACCACGUACACCUGCCUCCCAUCAACUACCCAUGUGGUAUGUGAGAACUCUUUGGCACACCUGUACUGUGCUGCAGGGCAGGUUAUAACCGUCUACGGUGCUGAUUAUGGACGCCGCGACCGGACCACAUGCAUUUACAAACAGUCUGAAUCUAAGAUCCAAAAUACUGACUGCUAUAACCCCACCAACACAGUUGCUGAGAGCUGUAACGGGAAAAACAGCUGUACUAUCAAAGCAAGCAACUCUGUGUUUGGAGACCCCUGUUCUGGCACUUACAAGUACCUGGAGGUGUCUUACACUUGUGAAUAUCCUGUGACCAUUGUGAUAGAGGCUUGGUACUGGGAGGUGGGAGUGGCAAAGGGUCGUCAGUACCUGGGCUCAUCAGCACACCUGGCACACCUGGGCCCUCCCAGCCUCCAUCAGUCCCACUGCUCACCUGAGACGGGAUCUUCUGAAACCAUGCUCCGCUUCAGCCUCCGCACCGCACUGUUGCUGGCAGCAACAUGUCUGCUCAUGACGGCAGUUUCUACAGAGAGAGUUGUCACCUGUGACAGCAACAACAACGUCCAACACCUGAGCUGUGAUUUCGGGGUGAUCAGUGUGCAGGCAGCUCUGUAUGGACGUGCAGACAAUGAGACCUGCAGUCAAUGGAUAACUGAGGAACAGCUCAACGAUACACAGUGCUCUCAGAACGGCACCACAGACGUCCUCAGGAGGAGGUGUGAUGGUAAGAAGGUGUGUGAGAUCAACGCAAAUGUCAUUGGUACCUCUGACCCCUGCUUUGGCGUCCACAAAUACCUGGAGACCAUCUACACCUGCUUCCCAGCAAUUCACGUGGUUGCAUGUGAGCGCUCUCUGGCACAUCUGUUUUGUGAUGUGGGGCAGGUUAUAUUUGUCCUCGGAGCUGACUACGGACGCCGUGACCAGACUACCUGCUCUUUCAGACGGCCUGAACGUCAGAUCCAAAACGUUGACUGUUCAAGACCCACUAGCCAAGUUGCUGACAGCUGUAACGGGAAAAACAGCUGCACUAUCAGAGCAAACAACUCUGUGUUUGGAGACCCCUGCAGAGGCACUUACAAGUACCUGGAGGUGUCUUAUGUGUGUGACUAUCCUGGGCUCGCUCCUGAGGAGCCUGUGGAAACACACUGA